AAGCGACGUUGCGUCCUCACUGCCGUCACCCUUCACAGGGGGCCACUACCACAGGGCCGGAAGCGGGGGACAAGGUUCUUUCGUGUAUCCCAGCGAGGCGCAGCAGGAGCGAGACUUUUGGGAAGAAGACGAUUUGUCGCAACCGCGUCUGGAAUCUCUGAUGCAGGAUAGGACCACAGGUGGCUGGAGCCGGGCCUCCGCGACCCGGAUGCUAGUUGACAACAAAGAGCUUUUAGAACGAUACGCCUGCUACACCUGUGCUGUGAAGGAGAAUUUUGAUGAAAAAGUACUAUGUGGUGUGCCGACAGGUGCAGAUGAACAAGCAGGAGACCACCACCACACGCAC